GGACGCAGCGAAGGCUCCGGCUUGUCCGCUUUGCUUCCUGAGCCCAAAAACAUGACAGUGAAAGAGACCAAUCGCUUACUCCUGCCCUACUCCUUCUCGAGGAAAGCAGGAGAAAACUCCUCUGACUCCAAGCCUGCCAAGACCCCGAGCUCUUCCUCCAAAUCCAAACCCGUUCCCAAGCCGGCCGUGCCCACAACUCCGUCCCCGUCGGCCAUCAAAGCCGCGGCCAAGAGCGCGGCGCUGCAGGUAACCAAGCAGAUCACCCAGGAGGAGGAGGACAGCGACGAGGAGGUGCAGCCAGAGAACUACUUCUCCUUGUCCGACAGGAGCGAGCCCAGCGCCGUGGGCACCGAGCCCUACCUGUACCCGGGCACGGCGGGGUCGGAGGACCCUCCUCCCGGGACGGAGCCGGAGCCGCAGUUCCAGGACGCGGCCGCUAACGCCCCUCUGGAGUUCAAGACAGGCGUGGGCUCCAGUGGAGUUCAGCACAGCUGGGCACCCAAAGCUGGGGAGGACUACAGCAGCCAGCCCUAUGGGCAGUUCCCCCCCGCCUACGGCGAGCCUGGGGGCUACUACCAG